AUGGUCUCUCCAAAAAUUGAAGUAGUAAAAGACGAACCGGCGAAGAUCGAGUCCAAGUCAAAGCAAAAUCCAUUUGAGCCCCGGAAGAAGAACACCACUAUAAGAAGAUCUGCAAAUGAAGUUUAUUCACAACGGAAAGGGCUCAACAAACCAGAAAUUAUUAGUAACAAACCUAUAGACAUACUAUUCACCAAACUUGAAAAGAUUUUAGACUUGCUGUAUAGUGAAUUGAGCAUUGAUUUGUUGUAUAAAAGGUUAUUUCCAGAUGGACCAGAUGGCAAGGAUGAAUUUGAGAAGAGAUAUAGAACAGUUUCCAAAUUACUUGAAUUGUUGAUUGAUAUUCAAAAGUUUUCCUCAGAGUCAGAUGGAACAAAGGACAAGUCGGUGAUUAGUAUUUCUUUGCAUGAUAUGAAGACUUUUGGGAAAUUAAUCAAUGUCAUUAUUAUUCAUGGAAUUUAUCCCGUUUUAGCUUCACUCAAUAUAGGUGUCCCAUUUGAAAAACGUCGGUUGAAAGACUUCUCUAAUAAGAAGGAUCAAAUCAAAAUAGAUAAAUUGCCAAUAAAGGGGUCAUAUGAAAACCAUGAGAAAUUGUUAGGCUUAGUGUACGAUAGAUUCCUUCAACUUUUUCAGGUUAAAUCGGAUGUAACUGACUUACUAAGCAGAGGAACAGGGUAUGCUGACUUCAUUACAGUCUCGAUUGCCCUUAUUACAGUUCCGCAUUUUGAUUCAAAACGGAAACAAGAUGUUUGUUCUCAAUAUGACAAUCUGAUUCAAAAAAUUCCCGAAACGUAUGAAUUAUUUCAAAUAUACACUGUUCUAAUGGCAACGCCAUCUCCGAUGUACUUCAAACAAUUUGUUAUCAGAAGAUUGCAAUCUCUUCACUACGAUGCUCCAAGAAACGAUGGAUUACUAAGUUUAAUUGAGUUUGUUUUGGAAUUAAGAGAAACUGAAGAGGUUAAUAUAGAAAAGUUUGACCAUGUUGCGAAUGUAGUCUUACUGAAACCUUCAGGUGUCGAUACAAGGAAGUAUUUUACUUCAAUCGGUAACCAAAGCUAUGAGUUGUUGGUAAAUAUAAAUCGACCAACAGUAACUAGUUGUGUUGUUUAUGCCAUCGAGAAGCUUUGGAUAAGGAAUAAAAGGGUAACCCAAGAUUUUAUUCUUAAAAAGAUUUGGAAUUGCUUUAAUCCAGAAGCCAGGGACGAACCAAUUUUAAUAACAGAAACUCAAUUGAAUAAUACCGUGAACGUAUUAAUAUCGUUAAACAAGAAAACCUUGGAUUUGGAUUUGUAUGCGGCUAUCUUCGAACCUAUACUUCUUUCAUUAUGGGGUUAUUAUUUAUUUCUCAAGAAACAUGACAAAUCAACUGGUGUAAUAAUGGGUAUAUUAACUAGUUACUUUACAAUUAUGAAGGAUUAUAAUACAGGAAACGGUUUAGAAAUUAUUGCAAAGAAUCUUAUUUAUGACGGAAAUGAUAAUUGGGUUUUCGAAUUUGGACCCAAUUCUAUGACCCAGAUUGCAUCAAGAGUUUCGGAAGUUAGUUCGGUUAGCAAAGAAGUAAGAGUGGCUCGCUUUAUCUCUGGAUUGGAUUCUGCUUGUGAAGCGUUUAUUCGAUUGUUGGAAGAUCUAGAUGAUGAAUUAGUACAAUCGCUUUUCAUAAAAAUAUUGAAAAAUUGGUUAAAUGGUAUAGAAUUAAUUGGGGAGGAGAAAAAUGCGUUCCUAGCUUUGAUGGAUUUGAGAUUAUUGGAAAGCAUUGGGAAUAAAUUCAAGGAAUGUCUUGCAAGGACACCUAUUGAAAUGUUGGAAAUGGUAGAUAGUUUUCUUGUGUUUUCAAGAACGAGAACGGGGGAUUCUAUUUCCAAUGAGGAUGAAAAUUCCGACGAUGAAGAUGAAGAGGAGGAUAUUCGAGAAGAGGUUUUACCGACGCUUUUGGAAUUGCUAUCAGCUAUUCUCUCUGAAAAUGAUGGUAUGAUGGGUAAUGCAGAACAUCUUCAAGUUCUUACAAGUGUGAGUACAUCAUUGAUGAAACUUUCUGAAAAAGGAGAUAUAAAAGAAACAACAAAGAGAAGUGCACUCGCUUUGAAUUCUAGAGUACAAGAGCUACUCAAAGGAGAACCUCGAGAUAAGGACAAAACUGAUACAGAUAGAGACAUUCUUAAUAGGGCCAUAGUAAGUCUAAAUGACCCUCUUGUCCCAAUACGAGCACAUGGUUUAUAUUUGUUGCGGAAAUUAGUCGAAAUCAAGAGUAAGACAAUUUCAAUUGAUUUUGUUAUUAACUUACAUCUUGUACAAUUAAAAGAUCCCGAUCCUUUCAUUUAUCUUAAUGUUAUUAAAGGACUUGAAAUAUUGAUUUCGUGGGAUGAAUAUACUGUUCUCGAGAUAUUAUGUAAAUUUUAUAAGGAUGAGAAUUCCGAAAUGGAUGAACGACUCCGUAUUGGGGAAGUUUUACUUCGGUACAUUCAAUCUUCAAAUGACGCUUUCGGGGGGAAAUCUGCUUCUUUAAUUGUGGAAACUACAUUAUCACUAAUCAGAAGGUCUAAAGAUGAGAACAAUGUAGUGGAUGAUCGUUUGAGAAUGUCCAGUAUGUCUUUACUUGGGUCCUGUUGUAAAGUGAAUCCAUUAGGGAUGAUUGACAAAUUAGAGGAAUGUUUGGACUGUGCUAUAGGGAUAUUACAAUUAGAGACUUCAGUUGAGAGUGCGAUUAUGAGGAGAGCUGCUAUUGUGUUAAUACAUGAUUUAAUUCUAGGGACGUCUGAAACGAAUAAGGUAAUGUUUCCAAAAAGAUACCAGGAAUCAGUUUUUAGGAUUCUCAGAUAUGUUUCGGAAACUGAUAAUGAUUUACUCGCAAGGGAGCAAGCUCAGAGGGUAUUGAAGACGAUCUCUGAAUUGACUGAGGCAGCCAUGGAACUUUAUAGAGAGCAAUUGCCAAGUGAAACUGUGCAUCGUUGA